AAGUAGCCAGUAAUAUCUGAAUAUUUAUCGUUAGCUGGCCAUUUGACUGUUUUGAGAUAAAAUUUAGAGUUCAUUACAUUACUGCCUGACUUUGCUAAAUAUUAUGGUUUCAAGGUUAAUUUUAUCGGUCCUGGUAACGACCACGAUUGUUGCCCGGGUUCAGGGAGACUUGGCAGGGCUGCAUUUCUAUCUGUACACUAAAGGAAAUACAAACGCGGUUGAAAUUAAAGCAAGUGAUGCAAAUACCAUCAACAAUUCUGCAUUUGUAGUUGGUCAACCAGUCAAAUUCCUUUGUCACGGGUACACUUCGUCAUACACAGCAGAAUUUCCGAGAGAUCUUAAAAAUAUUUACUUGAGCCUUCCGAGCCCCUCAAACUACAAUGUUAUCGCGGUCGACUGGGGGGAACUAUCCUCGCUGGCGGGCGGCUACGACGCAGCCUUUGCAAACACUCGCCUCGUCGGGAAAGAAAUUGCAAACUUGAUGAAGACGUUGAUCGUGCUGGGAAAGUCGCAACUCGCAGAUUUCCAUUUCAUUGGGCAUUCUCUUGGUGGACAAGUUGGUGCCUUCAUCACGCCCAAUUUGGACAACGGAGACAAAAUUCCUAGAGUGACUGGACUAGACCCUGCUCGACCUGGUUUCGAGCAGGCCACGACCUCACCGAGCGAACGGCUGGACCCCACGGACGCUGAUUUUGUCGAUGUCAUCAGGACUUCGACCGGUGCUGGGUCCACGUCCACCACUGCCGACCCUCCCGGCGCAGGAACGGUCGACUUUUAUCCAAAUGGUGGAGUUAAACAGCCAGGAUGUCUGGAUUUGGUCCUAAACUUGUGCAGCCAUUCCCGAGCUUACAUUUAUUACCAGGAAUCAGUCACGACCACGGUGGGCUUUAAAGCUUAUAAAUGCACGAGUUAUGCUGAUUUUCAAGGAUCAUGUCCGAAAACUAAUGGCGUCCUUAUGGGAGAAUAUGUUCCCAAAACAAUUUCUGGAACGUAUUACCUCUCCACGAAAAGUUUUGCUCCGUUUGCAAAACGGUAAUCAUUAUUCUUUUGGUGCAAAAAGAGAUAUUAAUUUUUGGAUUUACAUGAUUUACUUACAUAGUUUAUGUAUAAUUGGCAAAUUUUACCUUUCAUCACUUUUCCUGACUAAAUAAACAAUUGUGCAGCAUAAAACUGUUCAUUUACACGUA